CACGUGAGGGGGCGGGAGGCCGGGCCCCACCUCGAACCCCGGGCCGGCCCGCCUCAGAACGGACGGGGCAGCCGGGCCGUCGUCCUUGUCAACGCCAUCGCCGCCGCCGCCAUGAACCCGGACCUGCGCAAGGAGCGGGCCUCGGCCAGCUUCGACCCCGAGCUGCUCACCCACAUCCUGGACGGGACCCCCGAAAGGACCCGCCGCCGACGGGAGAUCGAAAACCUGAUCUUGAAUGACCCCGACUUCCAGCACGAGGAUGCGAAUUUCCUCGACCGCACCAAUCGCUACGAACUGGCCGUCAAGAAGAGCGCCGACAUGGUGAAGAAGAUGCGGGAUUUUGGCAUCGGAGACCCCGAAGAGAUCAUGUGGUUUAAAAGCUUUGUGCACCGUGGGCGGCCUGAGCCCCUGGACCUCCACUUGGGCAUGUUUCUGCCCACGCUGCUUCACCAGGCCACCCAGGAGCAGCAAGAACGCUUCUUCAUGCCGGCCUGGAACCUGGAGAUUGUCGGCACCUAUGCUCAGACAGAGAUGGGCCAUGGGUCUCACCUGCGAGGCCUGGAGACCACGGCCACGUUUGACCCGCAGACCCAAGAGUUCAUCCUCAACAGCCCCACCGUGACCUCCAUCAAGUGGUGGCCAGGGGGACUUGGAAAGACCUCAAACCAUGCCAUCGUCCUGGCCCAGCUGUACACCAAGGGGCAGUGCUGUGGUCUGCACGCUUUCAUCGUGCCACUGCGGGAGAUGGGCACGCACAAGCCCUUGCCAGGCAUCACCGUGGGGGAUAUCGGGCCCAAGUUUGGCUUCAACGAGAUGGAUAAUGGCUACCUGAAGAUGGACCGCGUCCGCAUCCCCCGGGAAAACAUGUUGAUGAAAUAUGCCCAGGUCAGACCUGACGGCACCUACGUGAAGCCCUUGAGCAACAAGCUGACCUACGGGACCAUGGUGUUCGUCCGGUCCUUCCUCGUGGGCGAAGCGGCCCGGGCUCUGUCCAAGGCCUGCACCAUCGCCAUCCGCUACAGCGCGGUGCGCCACCAGUCUGAGAUCCGGCCAGGGGCGGCCGAGCCCCAGAUCCUGGAUUACCAGACCCAGCAGUAUCGGCUCUUUCCCCUCCUGGCCACGGCCUACGCGUUCCAGUUUGUGGGGGCUUUCAUGAAGGAGACCUACCACCGUAUCAACAUGGAUAUUGGCCAGGGGGAUCUGAGCGAGUUGCCCGAGCUUCACGCGCUGACUGCUGGCAUCAAGGCUUUCACUACUUGGACGAGCAAUGCGGGCAUCGAGAGCUGUCGCAUGGCCUGCGGGGGCCACGGCUACUCCCACUGUAGCGGCCUCCCCAACAUCUACGUGAACUUCACCCCGAGUUGCACCUACGAGGGGGAGAACACUGUCAUGAUGCUGCAGACGGCCAGGUUCCUGAUGAAGAGCUACAACCACGUGCAGUCGGGAAAGUUGGUGGGCGGCAUGGUGGCCUAUCUGAACGACCUGCCCAGUCAGAGGAUCCAGCCGCAGCAGGUGGCCGCCUGGCCCGCGGCCGGGAACCUGAACAACCCGCCCAGCCUGGUCGAGGCUUACAAGCUGCGGGCGGCCAGACUGGUGGAAACCGCAGCCAGAAAUCUCCAAGCGGAGGUCAAGCAUCGGAAGAGCAAAGAGGAGGCGUGGAACCUGACCUCUGUGGACCUGGUCAGAGCCAGUGAGGCCCAUUGUCACUAUGUGGUGGUGAAGCUCUUUGCCGAAAAGCUGGCCCAGAUCACCGACAAGCCCCUCCACGCAGUCUUGAGCAAUCUGUGUCUCCUGUACGCCCUCCACGGGAUCAGCGAGAAGGCCGGGGACUUCCUGCAGGGGGGCAUCCUGACCGAAGCCCAGGUGGGUCAAGUGAACCAGCACGUGAAGGAGCUGCUGAUGGCCCUCCGCCCCGAAGCGGUGGCCCUGGUGGAUGCUUUCGACUUCCAAGAUGUCAUGCUCAGCUCCGUGCUGGGCCGCCACGACGGCCGCGUCUACGAGAACAUGUUUGAGUGGGCCAAGAACUCGCCGCUCAACAAGACCGAGGUCCACCCGUCCUUCUACAAGCACCUGAAGCCCCUGCAGUCCAAGCUGUGAAACCAGUCAGGCCUCCCUCCACCUCGGAUCCCCAGAGAGGCACCCUUAUCCAGCUCCAGUACGUUGGGCAGCCGAUGACGGAGCAGCCCCUCGGACCUCUCUUUUCCUUUUUCCUUUCCUUUUCCUUAAUCAAUGAAGAAAAAAUUGACGUUAGGGAGAGUGACUGGAACGCCGGAAAACGGAUAUCUUCUCGGGGCGGGGGCCCGUGGAUGAGUCCUUUCAAGUGCAAUUACUAUCGAAAAAGAUCUUUUAAGCGUUCGGCAAAGCUUUACAAGGUAGAGAGCCUGACCUCCCUCCGCAAGGCUGCCCCUCCCAAGGGAUGCAGCUUCCCAAGUCACCUAGCAGGAUUUAACUACCGAGUAGUUAGAACGGUAACUUUGAGUAACUUCAACGGAUCAGUGGAUUCGCUCUGAGUUGAAAAACAAUGAGUAUUUGUAAAAAAAAAAAAGAAAAAAGGACGCUUUUUAAGGUAGGGCCUUCUGACACCCUGCCCCCAAACCCUUCGCAGCUGACGUCAUUGGUCAGCUCCCCACGGAUCUUUGCCCCCUUUAGCUGCCCCUUCCCUCCUCGUCCCACCACCUGCCCAAAGAGGAGCCUCUCUCUUCACGCCCUUCCCCACGGCACCUGGCAUCUUGGGGCCGCUUCUUCAGCUGGGAGGAAUCCUCAGGAAUGAGUGGAGUGGUCUGGCAGCCUCCCUCCUCCCUGGCCCCCCAGCUCCAGGGACCCUGCAAGGUUUUUUGUUGGGAAAGGGGGGCACCAGAAGCCCCGGUCAGCCCCACCGGUGGGCCACCCCCCAACUCCCAGGAGCUCUCCCAAAUGCAAAAUCGUCCCUUUCCAUGGCUGUUGAAUUUGCACGUUCGUCUUGCGCCAUCAAGGAUGUGACUUUGAGCUGUUGGCCCUGUGUGUCUCAACUGUAGAGACAAGUCCCACCCCCCCGCAGUUCCAAGAGGUCAAGGAUGAAUCCGACAGACUUGCCCAGGGAGGGCCGGUGGAGUCGGGGCCUGAAGCCCUCUGAUGGGCCUCGAGGGAGGUGGGCCACGGACCAUUAGCUGUGCCCCGCUGCACAGUUGCUGGGGAACCGCGGGGAGGGAAGACUUUCACUCAUUUAAUGCCGGUCGGAGAAGCACAAGGCAUACGUUUUUGGCUUACUUCCAAGGGAGAGAAAAAGCAAUCUUCCACAGAAGUCCUCCAUCGGAGGAGGAUAUGAGAGGGCUCCCUCCCGGUCCUUUCCCAGCUCCAAAUUUCUGGGUGAGGGUCCCCUGCAGACUCGUCACAGUGCAAGUCCAUGAUCUGGUCAGACGGGCCCCAAGAGGCCAAAGUCACCUCUAAAGCUUUUUAAUCUAAAUACAGCAGAGAGUAAGCCUGCCCCGGCGGGCAGGGGAGAGGAAGGCCGCCGCCUCGGUUCGGUUGGGAGGCAUUUGGCCUGGAGGUGGAUUCGAAAGGCAAACGGGACCGUCUCUGUAGGAGCGAGGCAGAGAGCCAGACCUGACUCCCGGGAUUGCUUUUUGCAGGAGGAUCCUCAGGUUGAGCUCUUACCAAGGGAGCGGGGCACGGAAGUGUGAUCACGGGGCAUCAGGGACGGGAUUUACCACGGUCGCCUGGGCCAGCCUUUCGGGUCAGACAUCUGGGAUGCACAUCAAGGGUUUUCAGUGGUACAGGGGGAGCUACUCAACUCAGGCCCAUCGAGGGGGAAAAACGGAGGUCGGCGGGGCAAGUUCUGAGGCUGGGCCUUGACUCUUGCCCAUAGUUGGGAGAAACACGUCCCAAAGGCUUCCCGUUUGGCUUUCCUGAUCUCGAGGGGACCGAUCGGCCACCACUACUAGGGUGGUGGGCACUCGUUCCCCAAUACGUUUUCUUCCUCUUCCGGCCCAGGGUUGUCUCAGAGAGGCCUCACGAUGGACCCAGGGUCAGUUCUUGGUCCCACACCAGAGAGAGCUUGGGUCCAAAAUCUGGCCCAAGAACGUGUCCCCGUCCUCCUCCACGCUGAGGCCAGGACCGAGAUGCAGCUUUAGAGUGAGGGUUGGCCAUGCCCCUCUCCUCCUCGGAUGAGUAUCAGAGUCCAGGCUCCUUGCUUUCCCAUCCUCCAGGGGCGGGCACGGAGCCACCGCCUUCGGGAGCAGCAGGUCCGCCUGGAGUGGGAAAUAGGGCAAGGCCACAGGGUCAUCCGUCCUUCCGUGGCAGGAACAAGCAUUUUUGCCUUAAGGUGGGUCAGGGUGUGUCCUCGGGCAGUCAGUGUGAUGGGAAAAGUGGGCAGGAGCUAUUUUAAAUAAGUACCUUCUUCCCCCACCCUCGGAGUAAAAACUUGCCUUGCAGUCUGUCAUAAAUCAGAGUGUCUUGAUUAUUUUUAGCAGCGGGGACUCUGUGUAAUUUUCUGUAGCGUGAUAGCCGGGCUCCCCACCGCUUUGUUGUAUAAAACAGCAGCGACACUUAAAACUCAAUCAUAGAUGUUCAUUGCCGUGAUGGCACGGACCAGGGAAGAGGUCGUCACUGUGCCAGCACCCUCUCCGAGCAGGGUGGUACCACAGGCUUCCCGGGUACCGUUUUGUGUUCACACUCGAAUAAAAAGCACUUAAGUUUUCUCGGUUACCGAGAGCGACUCAGCCCCUUGGAACGGUGGGGGACCGGGGACAUGGUACAGGACCGAUUGUGGCAACCCAAGCCAAUCCCCCCACCCUUCCCUCCAACGGGCCACCGGGGUCAGCUCGCUACUAACCCAUCUUUGUCCGUGACAUCGAAUAAUCCUUUAAUAAAAGUUGAAAAUUGGUAUCUCAA